GUUCUAAUUUUCUCUUUGUCGAAAAAAAAUCAGGUGAAACGAAAACCCUCAGAUUCCUCUGGUUCUUCCUCGUCCGUCGUCACUUUCGACCUCUGAUUCCGGUCUUCAUCCUUUUAACUUCUUUCCUUAAGGCUGUAGCUGUGAGCUCUUUAAUUUGACUGCAACCAUGUCGACUAUUAUGCAGAAGAUCAAAGAAAUCGAAGAUGAGAUGGCUAGGACACAGAAGAAUAAAGCUACUGCGCAUCAUCUGGGUUUGUUAAAGGCCAAACUUGCUAAGCUACGAAGGGACCUUCUUGCACCACCUACCAAAGGUGGUGGUGGUGCUGGUGAAGGUUUUGAUGUGACGAAAAGUGGAGAUUCUAGAGUUGGACUUGUUGGGUUUCCUUCGGUUGGAAAAUCCACGCUCUUGAACAAGCUUACUGGAACAUUCUCCGAGGUUGCUUCUUAUGAGUUCACAACAUUGACAUGCAUUCCCGGAGUUAUUACAUACCGUGGAGCUAAAAUCCAGUUAUUAGAUCUUCCUGGUAUUAUUGAGGGUGCUAAGGACGGAAAGGGUAGAGGGCGACAGGUUAUAAGUACUGCUAGGACUUGCAACUGCAUCUUGAUUGUUCUUGAUGCCAUAAAACCAAUAACUCACAAGCGUCUCAUCGAAAAAGAGCUCGAAGGAUUCGGAAUAAGGUUGAACAAGGAGCCACCUAAUCUUACAUUCAGGAAAAAAGACAAAGGUGGUAUCAAUCUAACUUCUACAGUCACUUCCACACACCUUGACCUCGACACUGUCAAGGCGAUUUGCAGUGAGUACAGGAUUCACAACGCUGACAUCACUCUGCGCUACGAUGCAACUGCUGAUGACCUCAUCGAUGUCAUCGAGGGCAGCCGGAUCUAUAUGCCCUGUAUCUACGCUGUCAACAAGAUUGAUCAAAUCACACUCGAGGAACUUGAAAUUUUGGACAAACUUCCUCAUUACUGUCCUAUCAGUGCACAUUUGGAGUGGAAUCUUGACGGUCUUCUGGAUAAGAUAUGGGAAUACUUGGAUCUAACUCGAAUCUACACGAAACCAAAGGCAAUGAAUCCGGACUAUGAUGACCCCGUUAUCUUAUCUUCCAAGAAGAGAACAGUUGAGGACUUCUGCAUCCGGAUUCACAAAGACAUGCUUAAACAGUUCAAGUACGCUCUGGUUUGGGGUUCGAGUGCCAAACACAAGCCACAAAGAGUUGGAAGGGAACACGAGCUUGAGGACGAGGAUGUUGUUCAGAUCGUUAAAAAGAUAUGAUUUUUGUUCCAGUUCGUAGAGAAGUCAAAAGACCAAAAUGAGAUAGCUAUAUAGAAGAAGGUUAUGUAUCUUCGUCUGGUUUAUCGAGCUUAUCCUUUGUACUGUAAUAGUAUAUUCAGAGAAAAUUUGUGUCUGCAACCCUUUUUUUAAUGUUAUCUUUUUUCCGGUAAUAGCAUGCAUGUGAUUGAUGUUUUGUCGGACCACCGUAGAUUUUUUUUUGGGAUAUAUGGUUAUGCCUAGAUAUUCUUCUUGUUUUUAUGUAUGCAACUUGACUAUUUUUUUUUUUUGAAUUUAAAAGCU